GGACCGUUUAAUUCAAAUCAGGUUUCCGAUUUGAAAAAUGUUUGAUAUUAAAAUUGACUGAACUGAAAUCAGCUUGGUAUCGGAAGGAGUUUAUCGAUGUUUACACAGAUUUGCUCUUAUUACACCGACGUGUUUCAUUUGGAAGCGAUUACUGAGCCAGCGGGUGGAAGGACGGAAUAAGCGGAAAACGUUUCUCAGCAAUAAAGCGUGGGCACAGAUUAAUUAAUACCCAGAUGUCUCUCUUCUGACUAAAAAGCGUAAGCGAUUGGUCACUGCGCAUCGCUUGCUGCGCAUGCUUAGCAAGUGACUAGAGGCAUUCACCAGCCCCCCCCCCCUCGAAAUAAUGUUUCAAAAUGGAGCCGACCUGAAUUGAAGUGAAAAACUGCACGAUGUGUUCAAAUGAAGCGGAAUAUAUGUACAUUUAUUGAUUUGUACAGGAAAUGCCAUUCGAUGUAAAGAUAUUCACACACUUUUUAAAUUAAAUAUAUUUGAAAAUAUUCGUCGAACAGGGAUUUCUAAUGCUUAUAAUUCUCAUUUCUCCGCUCCUACGACAAUCGAGUGAAUGCCUUUGGUCACUUUUUGAGCAAGCGUUUACGCUUUUUUAAUCAGAAGAGAGACAUCCGGAUAUUAAUCUGUGGGGUGGGUGUUUUAAGAGAGAUGGGUGCCAAGUUAGUGGGUGCUGGGCUGGUCAUGCCACGUACGGAAAGGUUUUGAAGAUUUCAAAUGGUGCAACAACCGUAACGCGUGUCCCUGAUUUAGAAACGAUUACUGAGUCAGCUGGCGGAUGGAUUAAAUGGAAAGUGACAUUGCCAGAACUUGCCAAACUUCGCAUGCUACGAUUUUUCUGAAUAGCAAAUAAAAAUGGUGACAACACAUCGUAUUUUUGAAAGUAUAGCAGUUCUAAAUGUAAACAAAACUCUAUCUUUACGUACGGGCUUGAUUUUCGCUUUAAAUUAGGCGAAACUGAUGUUCGUUAGCAGUAGAGCGUGGGUUUGACAAAGGGUGGGCGUCAAGCGGGUGGUGGGCCAGUGGGACGCCACGUACAGAGAGGAAUGAAAGACCGUUUUAUGUAAAUCAAUAUCAUCGCUUCUGACACUCAUCUUCAUUUGAUGUUAAGAUGCAAACUAGCCAACGUCUGUAUAUUUUCCUUGUGGUUGCUUGUGGUUUCUUAAUUGUAUGGGUCAGUUAUUUCAAGACCUCUGAGACCCAUUCUUCCAGCACCUCUCCCACAAAGAAUUCCACUUCAUACAUGAACAUCUUGAGCUCAUUUCGUGGAAUAUUAGAUAAAGGACUAAAAGGAAAUCCAACUGAGAAAAAUACUGGGGUUGAAUUGAGCACCCAAGAUUCUGAAACAAGUGACAGUAAAAACCCCAGCACUCUGCGGACACAAGGUUCCUCGUCCGCUCCAUUUAAUAAUCUUGGUUUGUCAUUGUUUCGAGAUGGUAAAACCCUAAAUCGAAGCACAUUAGCAAGGCAAGAUUUUGCACCAAGUUCCUCUAAACAGCCCGUACGAUUCAAUUCACCUGAUUCUAAAUCACAAACUCUUCAGCCUCAGGCACCGGUCACAACACAGGAUUCAGCACCAUUUCCCUCUAAAAAACCCACCAUAUUCAAAGCACCAAGCACCACAAAGAAACCAAGCACCACUAAGGCUCCGGAAAGUGAAGAUUGGAUGAGCUCGAUUCUUUUGGAUAAAGCGGCGGAAUGUCCUUCGGUGAAAAAAGCGGAGAAUAAUAAGGAUUCCGUGAGUUGCCGUAUACCAGAACUUGAUCCCUUCCAUCCGUCAAUCAUGCAAUAUAUCAAGGAAACGGGAAAACCGUAUUGUCCUGGGACAACAUAUGGCAGUCUGUGGGAUGGAAAAUUGAAAUUCAUUGAUCCAAACAUUCUCUCUGCUAGUUAUCGUCCAGUGCUUAGAAAUGGCGACUUUUCUCAUAAAUUGGGUCCGGCAGUCGAAAUCACGUCGGAGACUUACAUACCAGACGACAUGAUCGAAGUCACGUUCCGCUUCAAAAAUGGUCAAACCAAGACGGACUUUUUCUUGCAAGUUGCAACCAAAAGUCGCAACGUUGAGACGGAUUCCGCAAAGAAACCCGGAAUGCCAUUGAGCAUCUUGGUGUUGGGCAUUGAUUCCUUGUCAUACGGCAACACACAUCGUAAGUUGCCCGAGGUUGUCAAGUUCAUAACGGAGAAUAAUGGGUUGUUCUUCACCGGGCAUACAGUCAACGGUGAUGGUACAACACCGCAGUUAACUGCCAUGUUGACGGGCAAGCACGUGGAAGAACAGUACGAGGCCAGAACCGGGAAAUCUGGGGCAAAGCCGCUUGAUGGAUGGACGUGGAUCUUUAAACAAAUGAAGGAAUACGGUUACUUGACAGGAAUAACCGAAGACGGCAUUUGGGAUGGACCAUUUCAGUAUCGACUCAUGGGAUUCAAAGAUCCUCCUACAGAUUUCUACCCUCGUCCUUUCUUCCUGGAUAUUGCCCGGAGGACAAGAUACCCCACUGACCGCUGUAUCAACAACAGAAAUGUGCCUUCAAUCCAUUGGGAAUACGUCAGCACUGUUUUUAACUCAUAUCCGAAGAAGCUCAAGUUCUUCGUUUCUUUUAACGCUGGAUAUUCGCACCACGAAAUCAACAAUGUGAAGAAGAACCAAGGGGCUUUAAUGGGCGUUUUGAACGAUUUGAAGGCAAAGGGUCACCUGGAAAAUACGCUGGUCAUCGUGAUGGGCGAUCACGGGCUCAGGUUUGGUAAGGUAAGAACCCAGGUCCAAGGAAAACUUGAAGAGAGGCUGCCUUUAUUCUCGAUAAUCCUUCCCCCCUGGUUCGAAUCGAAAUACCCUAACGUUAUGAGAAAUCUGAAAAUAAACCGGGGGAGGCUUACGUCGUGGUUCGACGUUUACGCGACGUUCCGUCACGUGCUCUCGUACCCAGACCUCCCGACGGGGAUCACGCGCGGGCAAAGUCUUUUCGUGGAGGUCCCGAAAAACCGGACGUGUAAAGAUGCCGGGACGGUGGAGCACUGGUGCCCAUGUUUACAAUGGGUCACGGUCGAUGUUAACCACCCGCAUAUACAAAAGGCUGGUUUGGCUGCCAUCGAGUAUAUGAACGAUUUAUUGUCGAAAGAUAACUCCAGUGCAAAUAUGUGCGCUCAGUUAUCGCUGAAAUCUAUAAACUUCGCGCAGUUGGAAAGGCCAAAUGAGGCGGUUGUGAAGACGCAUCUUAGUGGGGCAGCGGUGUUCAAGCAGAGCGAAGAAUACUUUUGCCGGUAUCAGCUGCAAUUUCAAACCUCUCCGAGCGAGGGUCUGUUCGAAGCUACCGUGAAAUAUCACAAAAGAAGGUUCAUCGUGGGAACCAGCAUUAGCAGAAUAAACCAAUAUGGCGACCAGCCAAAGUGUGUGGCUGCGAAACUACCGCAUGUUAGGAAAUUUUGUCUGUGUAAAGAUUAUAAGGGUCCGUUAGGUUAGAGUAUUUCGGUAGUUAGCUUACAUUAAUAUAAUGCAAAAUGUCCCAGAGGAACCUGCGUGCAUAAUUAAUUUGUGCAACAAAAGGAAACCGGUAUUAACUUCUGAAUACACGAAUUUAAUAUUUGAGAUUAGUUUAGGAUUAGGGUUUGAUUUAAAAUUAGCGUUAACCUUAAUCAACCAUAAGCCUAAUUUAAGACUUAAUCAUAAUCGGCCUAACCUAAUCUGAAGAAUUAAAUUCGUGUAUCUAGGAUUUAGUGAACAUGCACUUUUAUACCAGAAAAUCUGCAGGAAAAGCCGGCAUUCUUGCGUUUAGCCUGUAUUGGUUUUGAACCAUAAAGUUAAAACACCAGUAACAUCUUCGGAAAACGCUUUAUUAUGGAACACAGUUUUACAAGUAUAAGAUGUAGAAUUUUUGAAAUUCAUAAUAUUUGCUUUGCUUUACUUAAUAUAAUAAUUUAUACUAAUAAAAUGAAUUGAAUGUAUGCCUGAAGCCAUGGUGGGUGAGGAUUGUAGAUCGUCAAGUUAUUCAAUAAACACUUUAGGCAUUCUUUAGUGGAUUAUUUCUCUUUAUAA